AUGGUGCGCGACGCGUGGGUGUUCUUCACGGGACGGGGGGACUCGGAGCUAGCGCGACAGACGAAAAGAUUGCAGUUCGAAGCCGCUAAGCUGAGAGCCCUGCGAGUGGCGCAACAACAGGUGGUGGAGGAAACGGCGUUGGAGCAUGUGAGGCGAGUGGUGGGGGAGAUGCAGCAGCUGAAGCAGCAGCUCGAUGGCAUGGAGGAGGCAGCAAAGGCUCUGGCUGAGAGUGUAGCGGAGCAGGCUAAAGCGAGGUUGCAGCAAGAGGAGGAGGAUGAUGACAGACGGCUGCUGCAAACUAUGGACCAAACUGCACUGGAGAGGCUGCUGGGAAGAGGAGUGGUGGUGAUAGCGGCAAGUGAUGCAGCUGGUGAUGCAGCUGGUGAUGCAGCUGGUGAUGCAGCUGGUGAUGCAGCUGGUGAUGCAGCUGGUGAUGCAGCUGGUGAUGCAGCUGGUGAUGCAGCUGGUGAUGCAGCUGGUGAUGCAGCUGGUGAUGCAGCUGGUGAUGCAGCUGGUGAUGCAGCUGGUGAUGCAGCUGGUGAUGCAGCUGGUGAUGCAGCUGGUGAUGCAGCUGGUGAUGCAGCUGGUGAUGCAGCUGGUGAUGCAGCUGGUGAUGCAGCUGGUGAUGCAGCUGGUGAUGCAGCUGGUGAUGCAGCUGGUGAUGCAGCUGGUGAUGCAGCUGGUGAUGCAGCUGGUGAUGCAGCUGGUGAUGCAGCUGGUGAUGCAGCUGGUGAUGCAGCUGGUGAUGCAGCUGGUGAUGCAGCUGGUGAUGCAGCUGGUGAUGCAGCUGGUGAUGCAGCUGGUGAUGCAGCUGGUGAUGCAGCUGGUGAUGCAGCUGGUGAUGCAGCUGGUGAUGCAGCUGGUGAUGCAGCUGGUGAUGCAGCUGGUGAUGCAGCUGGUGAUGCAGCUGGUGAUGCAGCUGGUGAUGCAGCUGGUGAUGCAGCUGGUGAUGCAGCUGGUGAUGCAGCUGAACGCCCAAAAACCGCCCUUCCUUCCGCCAUCCCCGCGUGCUCUUCCGUCGGCCCCGCGCCGAGUCACGUGUCUUCCCUCCUCGAGCGCAAGACCUCGCUCCCCUCAUUCCUCCCGCGCAAGUCUUCCGUGGAGCAGGCGCGUAAAUCCCCCGCGGAGCGCCCGCUCCGCGAGGGUCCCCCCGCGCUGCGCCCCAAGUCCCCGCAUCACCUGGAGUGGGUGCGCCAGCUGUCGCUCUGGCAGGGCGCGCAGGCGCAGCAGGGGGAAGCGCAAGCGCAAGCGCACGGCGACGCGCAAGGAUGGCCCGCGGCGCAAGAGGCGGAAGUUCCGCGGAACGGACAGUUGAAGGCGUCGCAGGGGAAGGCGCGCGGAGAAGCGCAGGGAUCGGCGCAAGAUGCACGGAAAGGGGGAGCGCGGAAGGACGAUGCACGGAAGGGGCACGUGUCUCGGCGGAAGCAGUUUGUGCAGCGGAUUACGAGCCGGAGCGCGGAUGCUAACUGUCUCCCCGAGGCGCCAAUUCACGAUGUGUGGGAGGCGGCGGAAGCGGGAAGUCUAGCUACUUGGGUGGAUCAGACAGACGGCGGCGAUGAAAAAGGGAUAGAAUCGGACCGCCGAGAUGCGCUGCAGCAGAACGGGAUUGGUGCGUGGACGGCUAUGCAGUCGUAUCAGCCGCGUCAGUUUGGUGGUACUGUCUCCGAUAGUGGCGUCUCCGUUAGUGGCGUCUCCAUUAGUGGCGUCUCCAUUAGUGCUCAGAACCUCUCAGGUGCUGACGUGGCUGCUGACCUGGCAGCUGCUGAGCUGGCAGCAUCAGCAGCAGGUGACACGUCAGCCGCAUCUGACCUGUCACCGGCAGACGCAGUAGCAGCAGGGAUAUUCGCUUCCGCAUUAUACACCCGGAGGUCCCACACCAUGCGGAACCGCAUGGUACCGCUCACCACCAUGGCGGUUACCACUCCCAGGGCGCCCGGCACUGCUGCUGCUGUGGCCACUCCUGGGCGGAAGGGCGGCAGGGGGAAGGGGAGGCGCGGGGGGCGCCCGCCUACGCCCUCUGUAGGGGCUGCGCCUGUGUUUAGUCCGGGGGAGGGAAACGCAGGAGGGAGAGAAACGCAGGAGCUGUCUUUUGAAAUGAUGAUUCUCCAUUCAACAGAGGGAGGGGAUGGAGAGGUGACGAUUCACCACCCAGCAGAGGUGCUAUUUGUUGAACCACAGGAGGGCGAGAUGAGGUUACAGCACCCACCUGAGGUGCUAUUUAUCGAACCGCCAGUGCCGAGGUCGCAGGUGGUAGGAGGAGGAUCUAUGAUGAGGGCGGCGGAACCCGCGCAGGUGCUAUCUGGGGGAGGUGCAACUGGCAGGGCGCAGUGGCAUCACUCGGCGUUUACUGAGGAGGGGGAGUUUGAGGGGCAUGCCUCGGCGUUUCUUGAAGAGGGGAAGAUGGGGGAAGGCAGGGGGAUGGGGAACGGCAGGGGGGUGGUGGAUGGGGCGGUAGCAUGGGAUGAUGCGAGGGAUGGCAACGGUGCAAGAGAGGGGGAUGGCAACGGUGCAAGAGAGGGGGAUGGCAACGGUGCAAGAGAGGGGGAUGGCAUGAGGCAGACUGGACGGCAGGGGGAUGCAGAUGAUGACGAGUAUUACAUGUGA